GAUUCACUGAGACUUUUCAGCAACCAGCGCAAACUUCCAGUCACCAUGAAGGCCAUUGCUCUCAUCGCUACCCUAGCAGUCGUCCUCACCUUCGCAAGCGCAGGCUAUCUCGGAGGCUACGGUGGACUCGGUUAUGGUGGCCUCGGCUUCGGUGGCGGCUAUGGUUUGGGCUACGGCGGCUACGGCUUGGGCUAUGGCGGCUACGGUGGUUACGGUGGUUACGGUGGCUAUGGAGGUUACGGCGGUUAUGGCGGUUACGGUGGUUAUGGCGGUUACGGCGGUUACGGUGGCUACGGUGGCUACAGCGGCUACGGCGGCUACGGUGGCUAUGGCUACAAGGGUUAAUUACUGAAGAAAACAAAGGGAUCGAAAGAAGGACAGUUCAAAUGCUUGUUACAACGUUGCGAAAAAAUACCAAGGAAGCCAAUGAGGCUACAAGACGGGUAAUAAAGUUCUCUA